AUGGCCGGACUCGCACCACCUCGCCAAUUCGAGCGCGACUCGCUCGAACUGGCUUCUCUUGCUUCUUCCGACCACAACUCGCGUGACAGUAUCGACUCUUCGGCGUCUGGCGUCCCUUCGUCGCGAAAGCUCUCCUCUGACGAUGAUCACCUUGGAACCCCUGGCCCUAGCAGUAGAGGCCAGGGCGGUCGUAUGAACAGAUCAUAUUCGGUCUCCUCGGCCUUCGACUUCGCUCCCGCACUUUUCCCUUUGUCAAAUUCAGGAGCAGGAUACACGGCUAUAGGCGCACCGAGCGGACAGCCAUUGGCAGCAGGAGGAGAAGGAAGCCUGGAAAGACACAAGACAUUGACAUUAUGGAAAGGCGGUUUGUCGCUGGUCGUUGGUCUGAUCAUUGGUUCCGGCAUCUUCUCGUCACCUGCUCAAGUCAACAUCAAUGCUGGCUCGCCUGUCGCAGCCCUAGCAGUAUGGGUCAUCGCUGGUCUGCUUGCUUGGACCGGUGCUUCUAGCUAUGCUGAGCUCGGUAGUGCCAUGCCUCUCAAUGGCGGCGCGCAAAUCUACUUGAGCAAGAUUUAUGGUGAAUGGGCUGGCUUUCUAUUUACAUGGUGCGCCGUCGUAGUGCUGAAGCCCGGCUCUGCUGCCAUCAUCGCCAUCAUCUUUGGUGAAUAUACUGUCAGAGCUUUCAUCGGUGCAGAUGCCAUGGAUGCAAGCAUUUGGAUCAACAAGGCUGUCGCUAUAGCUGGACUUGUACUGGUUACAGCCCUCAAUUGCGUCUCUACAAAAGUUGGAACACGCAGUACCGAUGCUUUCGUUCUCCUCAAGUUCUUUGCAUUGGCUGGAGUUACGGUCGCUGGUAUCGUUGUAGCAAUAACGGGCUGGAGCUUCGAAGGCAGCGCUUCAAGAGAGUGGAAACAGCCUUCUUUCUGGGUGGACGGCACAAAAAAUGACCCCAGCAAUUGGGCGGUCGCCAUCUAUGCUGGUCUUUGGGCAUAUGAUGGAUGGGAUAAUGUCAAUUAUGUUGCAGGAGAGUUCAUCAACCCACGAAAGGAUCUCCCACGGACUAUUCACACUUCGCUUUCUAUGGUAGUCCUCUCGUAUUUGCUCGCCAACGUUGCCUACUUUUUAGUCCUACCCUUGGCCACAAUCAACUCGUCCAAUACUGUCGCUGUAGCGUUCGGGCGAUUCAUUCUUGGACCAGUGGGCUCGUUCAUUCUCGCAUUGGUUGUAGCUGGGUCAUGCUUUGGCAGUCUGAAUGCUACGACUUUUACAUCUGGACGUCUUGUCUACGCGGCUGGUAAGGAGGGAUAUCUACCUGCCUUCUUUGGCCAGAUUGGCUUCACAAAGGACAGCGCCGUUCGUCUUCCGUAUCGUCCUUCUCGAGCAUCUCGUCUGACUCGCUUGAUCGCUGAUGACGGCGUCGGCUUGUUCUACACGCCUGCAUAUGCCAUGAUGCUCAACGCAGCUUUGACUUUGGUGUAUGUCAUUGUUGGCAGUUUUGGCACUCUCACAACGUUCUAUGGAGUUGCUGGAUACACUUUCUACUUUUUCACAGUUCUCGGUCUCAUUGUUCUUCGAGUCAAGGAGCCAGACCUCGAGCGACCGUAUAAAUGCUGGAUCACUACACCUGUCAUCUUCUGCUGUGUCAGCUUGUUCCUGCUCAGUAGAGCUGUGUUUGCACAACCAUUGCAGACGUUGUUGGUGGUGGCUUUCAUUCUUGCUGGAUUCCCACUGUAUUGGUGGAGGAUGAAAGGCAGAAAUGGCAGUCAAGGAAGACAACAAGGGUUGAACUGGAAGUUUUGGGAACGAUGGACACGACGAUGA